AGGGUAGUAUGACUAUUUCCACCUCUGACGAGAGCUACAAUACAACAAUAUCUGGAGGUCCAAGAGGACAGUGAAUUACUUUGUCAGUGUGAACUGCAGUCAAUUGGUGUCAGAGGUUGACAAUACUAGCCAUAUUAUUGUCACCACGUGCUAAACUGAUGAAGGACGGUUCCCUUCAUGGUGCACGAUUGGAUGUACUCUAACGGGGUACUUGACACCCAUAUCUGUUGUCUCUAUUUCAGUGGGGGGCUCGUUGUUGUGUGAGUGCAUACAUUGCAAAGGUCAAAUUCACUGGUUUACUCUAUCAAACUAUAAUAUACAGGGCAGCUCUGAGAGUAUGUCGUUCUAGUGUGACAGUCAAUUCUCGAGUGAUGGUGGGACGUACACAAUCAUUGCUUGGAACCCUCAGAGAUGUAUAGAUGUGGAGAUUGCGCCCAAAACACUAUUGGAACUGCACUGAACACAUCUGUUUUACCAUACUGACGCCACUGUGGUCCCAGCUCUCUCAGUGGGCAGCUUAACCUCAGUGCAUAGUAGAUCUCCAGUGGACCAGUUCAGGCCAGCAACAAGUCACCGUUACCAAAUCUCUCUACAGAGGGCUACUUCCAUCGGGUGUCCUUAUGAAGCAUAACAGAAAUCUCACAGUGUGACUAAUGGACUACUGCAGCACAGGUGGCGCGGAACUAGAGGAGACAGUAGGUACUGGUUUGCCGUGACAGCCUCUAAUCGCCAGAGUAGCAGUGAAGUCAGUAACACUGUGUCAGCAAUUGACUGAGAAAGCAGCUCCUACUGCCUCUCCCACGUCUGUCGUGGCAUCAGAAAUUGCUCCGUUAAAAAUCCGAGUUGUCUGGGAUCCUGUGGAGUGUAUCCAUCGCAACGGAGACAUCACCAGCUACCGAGUCUGCCACACAAACCUCGACACACUCUCAGAGAUUUGUGCUCCUUCGUCUGGUGACGGUGCCACCAGUCUCGAUAUUCCUGUCAGUUCUGCUGCUCUCUACUCUGUUCGAGUCGCAGCAGUCAAUGAUGUAGGGGAGGGCCCCUUCAGUAACGAAGUCCAGAUUGAGGUAGCACCAGUCCCUUCAGCCCCCACUGACCUAGCGGCGAGUCGACCCUCCUCCACAAGUAUUGAAAUCACUUGGACCCCUCCUCCCCUGGGAGACGCCACCAACGGCUAUAUCAUCUACUACACCAACACUCUGUCAGGGUCUACUGAUAGUGUCAAUAUCACCGGACGCUCUACUAAUACCUACACCCUCACUGGUGUUUCACCCACUGCAGAGUAUAACAUAUCUAUUGUGGCUACAUCACAACACUUUUUCAGCAACCCUGUGUCCAUCGUGAUACCAGUAUUCUUAGGUCAGCCGGUUUUCCAGACUUUAAGUGCCGACAAAACUACCAUUACUCUGAGCUGGGCGGUCCCCAGUGGCUCUGUAGUGACUAGCUACGUUGUUAUGUGGGAGAGAGACUCAUCAAUGGGGUGCCCCUAUGAAGACGAGGGUAGUAUGACUAUUUCCACCUCUGACGAGAGCUACAAUACAACAAUAUCUGGAGUCCAAGAGGACAGUGAAUACUUUGUCAGUGUGACUGCAGUCAAUUCAGAUGACAAUACUACCAGUAAUAUCACCACUGCCUCAACUGAUGAGGACAUUCCCUCAGGUGCACCGAUGAACGUUACUCUAACGGACUUGACACCCACAUCUGUCUCAUUUCAGUGGGGCUCAGUUGAUUGCAUCCAUCGCAACGGUCAAAUCACUGGUUACUCUAUCAACUAUAAUAUACAGGGCAGCUCUGAGAGUAUGUCAGUUCUAGUGACAGUCAAUUCUCCGAGUGAUGGUGGGACGUACACUAUCAUUGCCUUGGAACCCUCAGAGAUGUAUGAUGUGGAGAUUGCCGCCCAAAACACUAUUGGAACUGCACUGAACACAUCUGGUUUUACCAUACUGACCCACGUUGCAGUCCCAGCUCUCUCAGUGGGCAGCUUAACCUCAGUCUCAGUAGAUCUCCAGUGGACCAGUUCAGGCCAGCAACAAGUCACCUACCAAAUCUCUCUACAGAGGGACACUUCCAUCGGGUGUCCUUAUGAAGAUAACAGAAAUCUCACAGUGACUAAUGGACUUACUGCAGCACAGGUUGCUGGACUAGAGGAAGACAGUAGGUACUGGUUUGCCGUGACAGCCUCUAAUCCAGCCAGUAGCAGUGACGUCAGUAACACUGUGUCAGCAAUGACUGAGAAAGCAGCUCCUACUGCCUCUCCCACGUCUGUCGUGGCAUCAGAAAUUGCUCUGUUAAAAAUCCGAGUUGUCUGGGGUCCUGUGGAGUGUAUCCAUCGCAAUGGAGCCAUCACCAGCUACCGAGUCUGCCACACAAACCUCGACACACUCUCAGAGAUUUGCAUUCCUUCGUCUGCCGACGGUGCCACCAGUCUCGAUAUUCCUGUUAGUUCAGCUGCUCUCUACUCUGUUCGAGUCGCAGCAGUCAAUGAUUUAGGGGAGGGCCCCUUCAGUAACGAAGUCCAGAUUGAGGUAGCACCAGGUGAGCCUCUUACAGAGUAUAUCUCACUUUCUUAAAAGGUGGCAUUCUUGUAAAAAAAAACAUUUUACGACUAACGUGUGUUUA